CUACUCCAGUUGAGAGUGAAAAUGACGGAUUACAUGUAGAAAUUCCUUCCGUAGCUUAAUCAGAAUCGGUAAAACCCUCUAAACCCUCCAAAACCAAAGAGGGGUCUGCGAUUUCGCCGCCGAAUAUGACCAAUACCGACGAGGUUCGCUUCGUCUCCUCCGCCGUCAAACUGCCGCCGUUCUCCCCGCCUCCCCGCCGCCACUCCCUCUUUUCUUCCGCGCGCAGCAAUUUUGCCAAGUUGCCCUUCAAUUUCAACUUCAAUUUUAAUUUCAAUGCCGAUUCCCAGCCGAUCAAUUUCAUCUCCCAAUUCCUAAAAAACCAACCUUUUGUCAAGAAGAAUCACAUUGUCAACGCGGCCUUUAACAAACCCCCACUCUUCUGCUUCGCCGCAUUAGCCUUGUCUGACUCUGCGCCGGCGCCGGCGCAGUCGAAAGGCGGCGAGGAGGCGGGGUCCGUGACUCAGUCGAAGAACGUGAGCAGCACUCGCGCCACUGAGGAAGAGAGGGUUCUAAUCAGCGAGGUGCUGGUGAGGAACAAGGAUGGGGAGGAGCUCGAGAGGAAGGACUUGGAAGCCGAAGCUCUCAACGCUUUGAAAGCUUCCCGCGCGAAUUCGGCCCUCACGGUUCGUGAGGUGCAGGAAGAUGUGCACCGGAUUAUCGCCAGUGGCUAUUUCAUGUCUUGUAUGCCCGUCGCCGUCGACACCCGCGAUGGAAUUCGGUUGAUUUUUCAGGUAGAACAAAACCAAGAGUUUCAAGGGUUGGUGUGUGAAGGAGCUAAUGUUCUUCCGGCAAAGUUUAUAGAGGAUGCAUUUCGUGAUGCAUAUGGAAAAGUUGUUAAUGUCAGGCGUCUGGACGAAGUGAUAAACUCCAUCGACAAUUGGUACAUGGAAAGAGGUCUUUUUGGCAUGGUUUCAGGAGUAGAGAUUCUUUCUGGAGGUAUUAUAAAGUUACAAGCCUCAGAAGCGGAGGUCAAUGAUAUCUCCAUACGUUUCCUUGAUAAGACUGGUGAGCCAACUGUUGGAAAAACAAGGCCAGAAACAAUACUCAGACAACUUACUACCAAGAAGGGACAGGUCUACAGUAUGAUUCAGGGGAAAAGAGAUGUCGAUACAGUGCUGGCAAUGGGUGUCAUGGAUGAUGUUAGUAUUAUUCCUCAGCCAUCUAGUGAAAUUGGCAAGGUUGAUUUAGCAAUGAAUGUUGUUGAGCGUAAAAGCGGAGGAGGAAUUUCUGGAGGUGGUGGAAUAUCAAGUGGAAUAACAAGUGGGCCUCUAGCUGGACUGAUAGGAAGCAUAGCAAUAUACCACAAGAACCUCUUUGGACGGAACCAGAAAAUUAAUCUAUCAUUAGAGAGGGGGCAAAUUGAUUCCAUUUUUAGGAUGAACUACACCGAUCCUUGGAUUGAAGGAGAUGAUAAGAGGACGUCAAGAGCAAUCAUGAUACAGAAUUCAAGAACCCCAGGAACACUAGUCCACGGAAACCAACCCAAUAACACUGGCCUUACAAUUGGGCGUGUCACAGCUGGAAUUGAGUAUAGUAGGCCAUUCAGACCAAAGUGGAAUGGAACAGCUGGACUUGUUUUUCAGCGUGCGGGUGCUCAUGAUGAAAAGGGAAAUCCUAUUAUAAGGGACUUCUUUGGCAGUCCACUUACAGCAAGCGGAAACUCUCAUGAUAAUAUGCUACUUGCUAAACUCGAGACUGUAUAUACUGGCUCUGGUGAUCCAGGUUCUACUAUGUGUGUCGUGAACAUGGACCAGGGAAUCCCUUUGUCUCCAGAGUGGCUAGUUUUUAACAGAGUAAAUGCUCGCUCUAGGCAGGGUUUUUCUGUGGGACCUGCUAGAUUUCUGUUUUGCUUGUCCGGUGGCCAUGUUGUGGGUAAAUUCCCCCCUCAUGAAGCAUUUCCGAUUGGUGGAACUAACAGCGUUAGAGGCUACGAAGAAGGAGCUGUUGGAUCAGGUCGCUCGUAUGUGGUUGGAAGUGGAGAAAUAUCAUUGCCAGUGACGGGGCCUCUAGAAGCGGCCAUAUUCGCUGACUAUGGAACUGAUCUUGGUUCAGGACCGACUGUUCCAGGUGAUCCUGCUGGGGCAAGAAAUAAGCCCGGAAGUGGAUAUGGGUACGGUGUUGGCAUUCGUGUGGACUCUCCCUUGGGUCCGUUGAGGCUCGAGUAUGCCUUCAAUGAUCAGAAAACGGGGCGGUUUCAUUUUGGUAUCGGGCUCCGGAACUAAAGGUCCUUCAUCUUUGCUUCUUCUCAUGCCUUGGCAAUCUCUUAUUCUUAUACCACCUUCAUCCAUCAAGUAGUAUAUUUACAUUAGUUUUAGAAUUUGGGAGCUUCUUUUUCCACCUUCUAGUAUUGAGAUUUUGUUUUGAUUUUUUUCCACCUUUUUGAUUGUAUUGUUGAUAUUUUUCUUAUUGCUGAAAAUGGCAUUAGUUUUGGAGUCUUGUUA